AUGCCUCACCACAUCUGCGCUUUCUAUCCCAACGAUCACGAUCUCAAACUCGACACAUCCUACUAUAUCAAAACACAUAUGCCUCUCGUCCAAGAGAAAUUCGGCCCGUACGGUCUCAAGGGAUGGGAAGUCACAAAAUUUGGCCCCAAUGCGGACGGCACAAAGCCCUCGUACGCCUUGCAGACGCUGCUUAUCUGGGACAAUGCCGAGUGCGUGAAGAGGGCCAUGGUCUCCCCCGAGGCAGCCAUCGUGUUUGGAGACGUUGUCAAUUUUUGCAACAAGCAGCCUAUAGCUAUGGGAGGCGAUGUUCUUGGGUCAACGAGGGUAUAG